AUGGACGAUUCAACUGCAAGAUAUUUCGCGAUCUUGAUCGGGGUGAACUUCUACCCAGCCGAGUAUUCAUCGUUGCAUGGAUGUGUGGGCGACGUCGAACAAGUCGCCCAAGUCCUGAGUAGCGCAAUAACCAGAUUGCACCUGCACAAGUUCACGGCAAGCUCAGCGACGGAUGCCCAUCCUCACCGGCCACCCGAAGACCGGGAGUUCUGGCCGACAUACCAUCAUGUGAUGUCAAGCUUCGAACAAGUAUCUUCGCUUGCUAAAACCGGAGACUAUGUUUAUGUACAUUACUCUGGCCACGGCACGACCACCCCAUCCGUAGAUGAUAGCUCUGGCUCCUUUCCUGAGGAUCUAGCUCUUGUACUUCUGGAGGAAAAGGAUGCUAUCGGCAUAAGGUAUCUUCGUGGAGCAGAGCUAGCGAACUGUCUCAAGCAUCUGGCUGAUAAAGGGUUGAUCAUAACGCUUGUCCUCGACUGCUGUUUCUCCGGAGGAGUUAUGCGUGAUGGCGAAUUGGUGCGAUACCUUCCAUAUGACCAUGAGGUCGAUAAGGCACACCUUUCUGCCCCAGGCCCGCCAUCGCGAGAUGCCUCGAUGCGGCUCAACUGGCUAGUGGACCCAGACGGAUAUUGCAUCCUCACAGCGUGCGGGCCAACGGAGACGGCACGCGAGCUUAUUGUCAAGGGCGGUCAGAGGCAUGGAGCACUGUCAUACUUCCUUUUGAGGACACUCGCUAAGUUUGGCGGGAUUCGCGGGCGGCAAGAGCACAUCUACCAUCACCUCUGCGCUAGGUUCCGAGGUGCGAUUGGAUACAAACAGACCCCCAUGUUCUACGGCAACAAAAGCCUCGGCUUUUUUGGGCAUAUCGACAGGCAGAUUGAUUCAGCGCCCAUUCCAGUCAUCAAAAUGCGGAAUGGUGUUCUUCAGUUGCAAGCUGGCCAGGCACAUGGGAUCACCGAAGGUGAUGAGUUUAUUGUCUACCAGGUAACAGAUAUGGAUGUGAAUUUCAAAUUAAAGAAGAAUGGGGCAAUUGCUAGCAUCGCUAACGUGAGAGCUUUUGACUCUGAAUUGAAGCUAUUUGACGGCGCCUCGGCUAGAGUCGAUACGGGGUGGAUGGCCACAGCGCUUACGUGUCUCAGAAUGGGUAGCCAUUCUGUCGAAUUCGAUGAUAAACUCAUAUCAACCUAUCCGUGGGCGACAGACGUUGACGAGCGGCGGUUCUUGGGCCUUAGUGGUUCCGAAACCACAAAAGGCGAGGAGUCGGUCUCAUUCUUCGUGAUCUCAACCAAGGACGGAUACGAGAUUCAGAAUCAUCUCCACGAGACAAUUGUUAAGAGAGCCGUCGGUAAUGUUGAUAGGCGAGCCGCAAGUCAGCUACUAGACGAGCUUGAACAUGCUGCCAAAUUUGGAUUCAUGAAGAAGUUGUCCAACGAAGCAUCUUCAAGCGAGGGGCAUCCGCUUAGCGAUUUCACCGACAUUCAACUAGUCAACGAAGUGGGCCAUACUUUUAACCCUGGCUGUUUAAAUUUCGGGCCUCACCACACUGCAUCCAAGAACAGUCUCAGUGAGAAUCAGGUCCUCUAUCUGCAUGUCUACAACUUGAGCCCAUCCUAUGAGGUGGAAAACAUCCUCAACGGGGACUACUUGGUCGUUCCGGCGCGUGUUAGGGGCCAAGGGCAGGAAAGAAAUUCAUACUCGCCAGGCACGUGCAAGAAAAAGAUACAGUUUAAUUUACCGAUUGAAAUGAAGGAACAAGGCCUCCAAGAAUGCGAAGAUAUCAUAAAGGUUUUCUUGACUACAAAACCGGUUUCCUUCCUAUCACUAGAAUUGCCUAAGCUGGGGGAGAGGGUUGAGCAUCCAUCCCAAGGAGAGGCUAGAGGUCAAGAACCGAAUUCGGUGUCAGAUGAUUGGAUCGCGGUGAACUUCCGUAUAAAGACGAAAAUAUUAAGCUAA